AUGGAAGAGAAGUUACCAAUGCCUUCCUCGUCUCACUCAUGUCAGAUGGAAAACUGCUUUGACUUCUCACGAUGUUCGUUGGUAUCUGGGUUUCCUGUGUACAUAUAUAAUCCUUCACAGUACUUCCUUGGUCGGAGCCCCGUCCAUGAAACAACAAUUACGGCCUUCGUUGAGUACUUCCAGCAGAGUGCUUAUCAGACAACGGAUGCUACUAAAGCUUGCAUAUUUAUUUUUCUUAUGGGGGACUCGAGAGAACCAAAUUCCUUAAAACCUUUAGAAAUAGAAGAUUUUCUCUCAGGGCUGCCCUACUGGGGUGGUGAUGGUCGCAACCAUGUUUUACUGACGCUGGCGUCAUCUGCCAAGAAUGAUGACAUUUUCCGUGGUGUAAAUACAGGCAGGGCUAUGUUGGCUCAAUCAGCAUUUACAGACAGUGUUUUCAGACAUAUGUUUGAUGUACUGAUCCCACCAAACUUGGGGCCUAGAAAGACAGAUGACAUCUGGAAAGAAAUACCCAUGUUAUCUCCUCUUAGAAAGAAAUAUCUCCUUCAUUACUGGGGUCAGUUUGUGCCACCAGAGAAGUCCUCUGCGCAGCACUCAGGUGAGAAAGAUCAGUCCAGGAGAAGAGAGCAAGUUUAUAUUAACAGCCCACAAUCUCAUCUGCGUAAACCAUUAGCAGCGAUAGAUCCAGCCAUGACAAUCUUAUCAUCCCAGUCCCUUUAUUCUCACAUUGAACAAGCCAUUGUGUCAUCCCUGAAGAAUGUCCAGUCUUCUCACCAGAGCCAGAUUUUUGUGGAUUUCUCUUGCAAUCAGCUCAGUAAUCUGACAUUUAUCCCUGCUGACUGGGCUCUGUGUGGCACUGAAUCUGCCAGGAAGGACAGAAUUAUCCAGUCCACCUUCUCGCUUAUAAUCGCUCCUCUGAACAUGUCCAUCGAUUCCACAACAGCAUUCCAAACGCGAGUGUAUGAAGCACUCAAACAAGGCUCAAUUCCGGUUGUUUUAGGAUCUCAUGAACUGUUGCCUUAUUCUGAAGUUCUCCGCUGGCACUCUGCAGCCAUUUUGUUGCCAACUCCAAGAGUCACAGAGAUUCCAUUCUACCUGCAGUCUUUCCCGGAUGAAGGCAUCUCAGCACUCCGUCUUCAGGGUCGUUUGUUUUUCCAAACUUACUUCAGUUCAACUCAUUCUGUUUUAGACACAUUGCUGGCAGUCAUUCGUACAAGACUCCAGAUUCCUGCCAAACCAGUGCCUGAAGAACCAUCACCAAGUAUUUUCCCAGCUUCUUUUCACCCACUGAAAUAUGAAGGACCUGAUCCAGAGCCAGAGAGUGAUGAAACUUACAGGCACAACUUUUCUCUCCCUGUGCUGAUGGAUACAUUCAACAACCCUGGUGAUCCAUUCAACUUGUAUCCCAUGACACCAUUUCAGCCCUGGCUGCCAUCAGAGGCCAAGUUUAAAGGAUCUGGCUAUGGUUUCCGUCCCGUUGCCAAAGGAGCAGGUGGUGAUGGCAAAGAUUUUAGUGAGGCCCUUGGAGGCAACAUGCCAAGGGAACAGUUUACAAUUGUGCUGCUGACCUAUGACAGGGAGGUGGUUCUCAUGCAAGCCCUGCACAGGUUCAAAGGCUUGCCCUUUCUCAACAAAGUGGUGGUGGUUUGGAACGCUGCAGUGCCACCAUCAGCUGAUCUACGCUGGCCAGAUAUUGGAGUGCCUAUCAAGGUUAUAAAAACGAGUAAAAACAGCUUGAACAACCGGUUUCUGCCGUACUCUGUGAUUGAAACUGAGGCUAUUCUCAGUAUUGAUGAUGAUGCUCAUUUACGGCAUGAUGAGAUUGUCUUUGGCUUCAGAGUGUGGAGAGAAGAGAGAGCCAGGAUUGUUGGUUUCCCUGGCCGUUUCCACGCCUGGGAUGUCAAACAUCAGUCGUGGAACUACAACUCCAACUACUCCUGCGAGUUGUCCAUGGUGCUUACUGGUGCUGCUUUCUUCCACAAGUAUUAUGCCUACUUGUACAGUUAUGUUAUGCCACAAGCCAUACGUGACAAAGUGGAUGAGUACAUGAACUGUGAGGACAUUGCCAUGAACUUCCUGGUGGCACACAUCACUCGCCGACCACCUGUCAAGGUGACCUCAAGGUGGACGUUCCGCUGCCCUGGCUGUCCAACCACUCUUUCCAGUAACUCCAGCCAUUUUGAGGAACGGCAUCAGUGCAUUAACUUCUUCUCUCAGGUCUAUGGCUAUACACCUUUGUUUUACACUCAGUACAGGGUUGACUCUGUACUCUUCAAGACGAGAAUCGCACAUGACAAAACAAAGUGUUUCAAAUAUAUCUAA